CCGCCUGCUCGAAUGCAUGUACGUAGCUGUUCCCUUCUCUCUACCCACCUCCGACCCGGGCUGUUAUGUCACAUGACACAAGGUUGUCGUCCUGGGUCGGCGUCACGUGACUUUUAUAGUGACGUGUCCGCUGCGUGAUUGGUGUUGGGAAGGGCUGAUGCAGGAAGUGGCGGCGUCCAGUGUCUUUACUGUUGAGCGGAUCCGGCGGCUGGACAGCUGUGAGUAUCACUUUCCAGCAGUGUCUUCCUUAUCACAGACUGGAGUACAGUAACAGAACAGUUGUUGAAGAAAAUCUUAAGGGGCUGCCGUAAGACAAAACAUCGGAGUUAAAGUAUGGAGAUGUGGUGCUAUUCAUGUUUACUCAUUUUUAUGAUUCCCGUAUGUUGGAGUGCAGAAGGACAGGAAAAUGCCACAGUGCUUGCAACAAGUACGACAGUCGCUACAAAUUCUUCAAUCACGAAACCUACUCAGUUAUCCUUCUGGAGCAACUUUGAAAUGAUGCAGCGAGCAUUCUAUGUACUGAUUGGAAUCAGUGUGCUGGCGGUACUCUACUUUGUGAUCCGGACUUGUAGUUUAAAAAAGAAGCCUCAGAGGAAGAAGUAUGGUCUUCUCUCAGAUUAUGAUGAAACUAUGGAAUUGGGGUCAAUUGAUAGUGAUGAGGAGAAAAUAUUCGAAUCAAGAAGUUUGAGAAGGUGAUUAGUAAAGUAAGAAAUCUUGGAUCACUAACCACAAACAAGCCCUGACUUUCUGUCCUUGUGAUGACACAGACUGUUUCCUGUGGGAUCUUGUGUUUUGAGGGGAUAUGUGCCCUGGUGACCAAACUGACUGCUGCCACUAAAAAAAACCUGACUGAUUUUGGGCUUGGAUGGUUUGUAUUCUGCUGUGGGGAAUUCCACAGUAAAGACUGACGUGGUUCUUUGGCCUUUGCACAAAAUGUACAUUCCAUUUUGACAGUGGGACUAAGUUUCUAAUGAUAUCUAACUUGGACUUGCAGCUACUAAUGGUUGAGUAACAAAUGCUUUCCUUUCACUUUUCCCAACUAAGUAUUUGUUGAAUCCUGUUGAUAAAACAGGGUAAUGAUAUGGUUCUUCUGCCAGGGAGUUUGGCAAAGAUGCAGCUUCUUGCCCUGCACUACUUGUUUUGGUAGGAUAUUUUGUAACAAACAUUUAUUUUUCCACUGUGCCUUUUUAUAUAUGAAUAAAACUUUAAAUUUAAUCUUGA